AUGAAGCUUUGUGGCCUUGAGACUAAACAUGACGACGGCACCAAAUCAAACCCUUCAAAGCGUCACAGAGACCGGCUGAACGGGGAGCUGGGCAAACUGACGGCUCUUCUGCCGCUGCCAGAGGAGGUCCGAGCCCGACUCGACAAACUCAGUGUGCUCAGACUCAGUGUGGGAUACCUCAAGAUCAAAAACUACUUCACUGCUACAUUAAGGAAGAAUUGGGUCCCUGAGUUUUUCUAUAAUGAUGAUGAGACGACAGCUUCACUAGCCGGCAUCGGCGUCUCUGAAGCUGAUCUGCUGCUUCAAGCCCUGAAUGGUUUUGUCCUGGUCGUGUCCACAGAUGGCUCCAUCUUCUAUGCCUCGCCCACCAUUCAGGACUACCUGGGUUUCCAUCAGUCUGACGUGGUUCAUCAGAGCGUGUUUGAUCUGAUCCACAUCGAUGACCGGGUCACGUUCAGAUGCCAGUUGCACUUUGCCCUCGACCCCGAGUCCAGCAUUGAUGGGCCAGCGAGCAGUGAGAGGAUUCCUCCAGAGAACUCGUCCUUCCUGGAGAGGAGCUUCUGCUGUCGUCUCCGCUGCCUUCUGGACAACUCCUCCGGCUUCCUGGCGCUCAAUUUUCAGGGACGGCUGAAAUAUAUUCACAGACAAGACCGGACCACAGAGGGCAAAGCAUCGGGUCUCUCAGAGCUCGCCCUGUUUGCCAUCGCCACCCCUGUUCAGCCCCCCGCUCUCCUAGAAAUCAGGACCAAGACCCUCUUUUUCCAGACCAAACACAAACUGGAUUUUACGCCAGUGGGCGUGGACACCAGGGGGAAGGUGGUUCUGGGUUACACUGAGCAGGAGCUGUGCAUGAGAGGAUCUGGAUAUCAGUUCAUCCACGCUGCUGACAUGAUGUACUGCGCUGACAAACACUUACGCAUGAUGAAAACAGGAGAGAGCGGUUUCUCCAUCUUCAGGCUCUUGAGUAAGACUGGCGUGUGGAUCUGGGUCCAGGCCAACGCUAGAAUGGUGCUCAAGGCAGGCAAACCCGACUUCAUCAUCUGCCAUCAGAAACCCUUGACGCCAUCAAGUGUGGACGCCUGCGGGGAGGAGAACCUGACAGACAGACGCCUCACAUCUAGAUUUGCUUUAGAAGCUCAGCAGCUUGGUGUCACAUGGCUGGUUCUUCAGGCUACUGGAAAAUACAAAGAAACCUUGUUCACACCCAGCCUCCCACAAACCUGGCAGAUUCACACUCUCCACACCCUGUCACCCCCAGCUCCUGAACCAAUCCACAAGCACGAGGGAAGAGAAGCCACAGAGCUGGAGAAUGCCAGACCUCCAGACUGA